AUGUUUAAAAAACUGCAGAGCAUUCCAGAGUCAAUGAUCGCGCGGCUGCUGAACGUGGUGGUCCUGGACGUGCGCUCCAACCAGCUCAAGUCACUACCCAACUCCAUCGGCUGCCUCUCCAAGCUCCGCAUCCUCAACGUCUCCGGCAACCUCCUCGAGUCCCUGCCGUCCACCAUCGAGGAAUGCCGUGCGCUGGAGGAGCUGAACGCCAACUUCAACCAGCUGACGGGGCUGCCGGACACGCUGGGCUUCGAGCUCCACAACAUCCGCAAGCUCUCUCUCAACUCCAACAAGCUCGCCAGCCUCCCCUUCUCCACCAACCACAUGACAUCGCUGCGGGCCCUUGACGCCCGCCUCAACUGCCUCCGCUCACUCCCGGAUGGCCUCGAGAACCUUGUUAACCUCGAGGUGCUCAACAUCAGCCAGAACUUCCACUUCCUGCGGGAGCUUCCAUACGGCUUGGGCCUCCUCAUCUCGCUCCGGGAGCUCGACAUUAGCUACAACUCCAUCUUCGUGCUCCCUGACUCCAUGGGUUGCCUCGCCAAGCUCAACAAGUUCAGCGCCGUGGGGAACCCGCUUGUAUGCCCACCCAUGGAUGUCGUUGAGCAGAGCCUCGAUGCCAUGCGAACCUACCUCAGCUCCAGGAUGAACGGCACCGGCGUUAACGCCAAGAAGAAGAAGGGCUGGCUGCCCAGGCAGCUGCUCAAGUAUAACACCUUCUCCGACAGGAUGAGUAUGACGCCUGGUCGCAAGGGUGUUAUGACACCUGGUCGCAAGAGCGUUAUGACGCCUGGUCGAAAGAGUGUCCACGAAAACUCGGAGGGAUUCUUGAUGUCAGAUUACCAUUCGCUCAACGGCGUCGGGUCGCCGGGGUUCCUCUCUAUGCUGUCACCGCGGCGGCUCUUCUCGCCUCGGAGGAAUUCGCCCAAGCAUCAUUAA